CAGAUCAGGAGUUACAGCGACAGUCUUCAUUCCGCAGUUAAAAAAACUGCAAAAACCGACGUCGCGAGCGGAGGAGCGAACGGUCCGGGCCAACGGGCGCUACUGGCCCUUUAAAUGAACGGCAGUGGGCGUGGCCAAGCUCGCCCCCCUGCUGGAAGCCGCGCCCCCGCCGCAUCCUGCGAACCGACCAAUGGGCGGCGAGUCCGGGCGGAGCCCCCGCCGCUGAUUGGCCGCGCGGCGCACGGCGGCGGGUGCCAAGAUGGCUGCGCCCAUGGCGGAGGGGCCCCGCGGCUGAGCUGCCGUACGGCCCCGCGGGGACCAUGGACGUGCUGUUCGCGCUGCUCCGCGGGCUGCGCCUGCUGCUCGACCUGCUGCUGCUGGUGCUCGACCUCAACUUCUUCCUGGUGUCCUCGCUGGUGUCCGCCCUGCUGUGGCUGCUGGCCGCGGCCUCCAGCCUGCCCGCGGCCGCGGCCGCCGCGGCGGUGGCGUGCUGGGAUGCGCUGGUGCUGGUGCGCGGCUGCUGCGGGGCCAUGGAGGGCAUGAGGGCGGCCGGGCACCUGGUGUCGCACCUGGCGUCGCACGUGGCGCUGCGGGGCCGGGAGCUGGCGCAGCGAGGGCUGGGCGCCGUGCUGGGCUGCGGGCAGGCGCUGGGCCGGCAGCUGUGCGAGGCGCUGGCCAUCGGCACCAGCCUGCUGAUGUACCUGGUCAACAGCCUGGUCAACGUGUGUCUCAUCGGCACGCAGAACCUCUUCACGCUGCUCGCCGCCCUCUGGGACUCGCUGGCCGGGCCCGUGGUGAGGGUGGCCGAGCUGCUGGCGGCGUUCCUGGCGCACGUGUCCAGCGGCGCCAUCGCCGUGUCCAUCCUGCUGUGGUCGCCCUGCCAGAUGGCCUUCGAGCUGCUCUGCUGCGCCGCCGACCUCUUCAUCAGCGUCUUCUUCGUCAACGUCUAUGGCCUGGGCUUGCUGCUGCUCAUCGUGCUGGUCAGCGCCUUCGCCUUCAACCCCGGGCUGCUGUGGACGCUGACGGGCUACCUGCUGGGCUACUUGCACGCGCUGCCCUCCUUCCGCCGCCUGCAGCGGGACGUCUGGCGGCUCUACCAGGUGGCCGUGCUCACCCUGGGGGUGGCCGUGACCUCGCAGCCCUGGCGCAGGCUGGUGGACUGGAUCCAGCAGGUGACCAACUGGAGCCAGGGAGGCAGGGUGGGGAACCAGGGCAGCGACCAGCGACGGGCCGUGGGUGCUCCCAGAGCUCCGGCCGCCGACAGGGUGACACUGGGCCAGCUGCUGGCCGAGCUGGAGGAGCAGCUGGAUGCAGAGCAGGGGCCGCAGCCACGGCCUGCUCUGAGCCGUGCUGGGGCAGGGCAGCGUCCCCAGACAUCCAGGGAGGAGCCGGGCACGUCGUGGUGGAAAGCCCCGAGGAAGCGGCAGCUGGACGCGACAGCCGGGAGCGCUGAGGGAGCUGACAACGACCCCUGGGUGCUGCUGAAAGAGCAAGAGGAGCGUAAGAAAUGCGUCAUCUGCCAGGACCAGACCAAGACAGUCCUGCUGCUGCCCUGCAGGCACCUGUGCCUGUGCCAGGAGUGCACGGAGGUGCUCCUGCAGCAGGACAUCUACCAGCGCAACUGCCCCCUGUGCCGCCAGGUGAUCCUGCAGACCCUCAACGUGUACCUGUGAGCCCACGGGGGGCUUGGGCUGUUUUCCCAGGAGGUCAAAGGCACCCCUGUCUGCACUUCCCAGGGCUGCCUUGAGCAGCUUCCAAAGAACUGUGGAUGGUGCUGGAAGGGCAGAACGCUGUGGGCUGUCUGCUGGUCACAUUUGCUGCCUAACUAGGUUGUAGCUCUUGCUAGCAAGCACAAUACUGAUCUCUGCAGCGGGCUGGAAGAGUUACCUGGUUUUUUGUUGACAACUUUUGCUGUUUCAGGGCCCGUUGCCUUCAGCCUGCAGCCUGAGAUCCAAAGCAGAGCGCAGAAAAAUGCUCUGGUCCCUCCUAGCCAAAGCUGAUGGAAGGUUACAGGCUGUGCCCUCCUGGCAAUCACAGGGGCUGGUGCAAGGCAAGGGAGGUUUUUUUCCCAGGGUCUCACUAGAAAAUUACCUGGCAGGCUGCAUCCAGGCCUGUUUCCUCCUGCCACCAUCAAAGUGGAGGAGCUCCAUGGGAAAAGGGAGGAGUGCCCUGUUUGCAAGGCCCAGGGAGAGCCAGGAGCACACUCGAGUUUUUUAGUGUUUGCUGAACCUGGCUCUCAGCUGGAGAACAGGGUUUCUGGGGUACUUCAUCACCCCAGGGCUUUGCUUUUUGAGGGAUCUCUCUUGCCAGGACAGCGUGGAGCUGUGAUGGGCUCAGCUCCCUGCAGAGCUCAGUGCUGCUGCUGCUGCUUCCACGCAUCACCUAUGCAAGACUAGCGAGCACACAUCAGGCUACCUGCACGGAGAGACUGGAGGGAUCAGUCCCUCUGCAGGGCUGGUGGUGCUGCUUGGGGAACUCAGGAGUGGCCCCCCAGCCAGUGCUCCCAGCCCUGGCAGCAGCAGCAGCCCAGAUUUGAGCCAAGGCUGGAGAAUCCUCUCCAAAACCCACACAUUUGCAGGCUAAGAGUGCCAUGGAGCAGGGAGGGUCGCUCCAGAGCUUGCUGGCUCCUUCCCAGGCUGGGCUGGCUAGAGGGAGGAACUCCUUGGGAGGAGAGGGAGCACCCCAAAGCUCCUGGGAGCUCACAGACAUUCCAGCUCCAGGCACAGUUUCUGCACAUCCGUGCUGUGGAUCUGCAGUUGUGUGCAUAGAGCAGUACCAGGACCACGGAUAUCUUGGGUUAGGGCAGGGCUGUACCUUUGUUUUGUCUUGUCUGUCACCAAUGUAGCCACUUCCAUUCAGAAGUGUCCCCUGAAGUCCAAGGAGUGCAUCCCAUCCUGGCUGGGGCAGGGCUGAGAUGGCUCAUCCCAGCUUGGGCAUCCAACACCAUUCCAAGAAAUUGCUGGGCUGCAAGAGGGCCUUGCACUAAAAAGCUUUUCCUUUUCCAGCUGCUUGUCUGAGGUCAGCCACACGCCACAGCCAAUUUUGGCUGGAGCCAGACCGGAGAGAGUCUUGACUCUGGACUGCAAGCCAAGAGCCUGAGGGCAGCUGGCAUGCUUUUCCUUCUGUUUUCCUUCUUGAUUAGCAAUUUAAGCCAAAACAGAGGCAGCAGAGAGGCCAGGCUGUGCUGGGAGAUGCCUCUGAGCUGUAAAGCUGAGCUCUAGCAAGGAACUAUCUUCUUGUUGAGUGGCUUUGCUCAGAAAGGCACUGCCAGGGCUGGUUGCUCCCACAUUUCCUGGGAGCUGGAAGGAUUCCUGGCCAAGCCAGGCUUUUGAGCACUGAUGGGUGUUAGAAGGGCUCUCAGCUGCCUCCACUCCACUUCAAGGAGAUGCAAAGCUCCCCGUUGCUCAAGCUCUUGUCCCUGUGCCUCCCCACACACCUCCCUUGUUCAGGCUGGCUCUCUCCAGCCACCAACACUUGGGAGCAGCCAAACCCUCAGCAGAGGAGUGUGAGCCCAGGCUCUGGCCUGUCCCAGGCACUUGCAGGGCAGUCAGGGAGCUGCAGCUGGAGUCACUCAGGAGUGGGAUUGUGGCCCUGCCACAGGCAGCAGCAUUCCCUUGGGACCAGCUCAUGGAUCAGGGGGUGCAACGUUCCCUACGUGAGUUACAGGCUGGGGGGGAAAGGACACCUCCCCAAAAGUGCAGUUUGUUCCCUUAACCCCUUUUUUUGUUACUAUGAUUAUUAUGAUGAUAGCAGUCACGCUUGUUUGUUUAGGGCCUGUUUGCUGUUUAUAAGAGAAGGCUUUGCCUUAAGUUUAACUCUUUGCACUAUGGACUAGAUACUGAGCAGAUUAAAAUCUCCUUUACCAAAA